CUGUUACUAUUCACCACUGUUCUCUUUCUUAUUCUGCGGCAGGUCAGAGGAAUUCACCUGAGCAAACUUCAACUUCUUCUUCUUCGUAAACUCCUGCUGCUGAGUCGCAGUCCAUAGGUCUGGCCAUCGGUUAUUGUAGUCGGAAAAGUGUAGCUGUUAAACUGGGGGCGACAGCUCAGUAAGUUUUAACAGCUAAUAACUGAUAUUGUUAAUGUUUAACCAGUCCGGGCUAAAGGUCAGUCAGAAAAAAAAAAACUUCUCUUUGUGAAUGAACUGAGAAAACACGUUGCACGGCGGAUGUUAAACGUUUACGUUACCUGAAGGUUCCCUGUCCCCUGCCAGGGCCGCCAUGGCAACGUUGUCACUUACCGGUAUGUCCGUGUCCACAGUUUCUCCCUGGAGAUGCUUCUCCCUCUGGCUCAGAGCUGUCAGCAAUUUCAACAGCUCAGGUGUGAGGGACAGCGACAUUUGGAGAUGAAUCUCUACAGGAGCUUUGGAAACCUUAUGGAGGCUUGGGUAACUGAAGGACGACUGUAUUCUGACACAGUAUCGCUUAGAAACAAUAAUGAAGACUCUCCUACAUCUUCCUCUGACAUGGGGACAAACCUGCGCUCAGAAUCAGUGGACUCGGGGGUGGAGACAGCCAGCUCUGACACAUUGUUUCCUGCUACAUCCUGCCUCGUCUCUGCAGAUAAUGCAGAGAUAGAUGCAUUUAUACCAGAAAGAGAAGUUGAUGGACUCACUCCAGCCUCUACAUCCCAGUCUCCUGUCCUCUCCUCUCCUGUGCCUUCCUCCUCCUCCUCUGCAUCCCUGCACCUCUGUCCCAGCAGACCUCAGGAGGGCUCCGCCGCCUUGCACCUAAAAGUGGAGCAAGCACUACAGAGGACUGACUCUAAACAUCAAAAGGACAACCCAGAGCCCCUUACAGUGGAGGAGGUGCUCAGGCGACAGCCUCGAGCAUCUUCUCUGCACAAAUGGCACAAACCGGAGUUAGUGAGAGGUCAAAGGUCAAAGAGUUUUGGUCUAAGGAGGACAGCCAACCCAUCGGUGUCUGUCAGGCAGAUGUCAGAAAAGUGCAGACAGCCGAUGUCUAUGAAUUGUGACAAGCAGAGAUCAGCGGAGCUUGGUGAGGAGGAGUCGACAGGACUGAGUCCCGGGCUGAACUACCUGGAGCAGGUGUGCCAAAUGUUGGAGGGAAUUGCCAGACAACAGAUGCACAACCGAGCGUUACGAAUGGAGAUGGAUGCCCUGCGGGAACAUCAAGACGCGCAGGCUCCCCACAUCUGUCAGAGAGACUCUAAAGCUGCUGGGGAGGACCUCUCUCUUUGUCAAAGGCUUGAAAACAUAGAAAAUGCAGAACACAAUUCUAGUGAACCCCAGCAGCAGAAAGAUAACUCUUAUAGACAUUUUCGGCAGAGAUCGGCUUCAGACACAACUAUCGCCACUCUGCAUUUGAGGAAGAUGAAAUCAGACUGCAGAGGGCAGCAUCUGAGUAUAAAUGACCUGCUGGAGAAGACAGAGGAAGACCAUGAAAAGGAGGAUUCUGAAAAGGAGGAGAGUAAUAAAAGUAACAAGAAUUGGAAAAUAAAAAUUGGGUCUUUGAGGAGAGUGGGGUCUUCUCUGAGAAAUACAGAGGGCCAACAGAUGCAGUCAUGUGAGAAAAAGUCGACCCAACGACGGUUGAGCCAGCUGUUCAGGAGGAAAACGAAGAAUCUGCCUGUAUAAAUGGACAAAAGUGUCUGUCAUGAUGUUUAGACAUUUUUUGGUUUCAUUUCUGCAGAGGAAUAAGCUUUUCUUUAAAUGUCUGAGCACUAUCUUCGCUAUCAAACUGACUUCCUAUUCAGCCCAUCUGAUGUAACAGUCUGCCAUGAUUAUUUAUUGCCCACUCUAUUGUUUCCUCCAUUAUUUAUAUUGAUAAAUGGUGUCAUUCUCUGUAAAACUUUGAUGUGAAACAAAAUACAUGUAGAGUUUUUUUCUCUGUCAUGUAAAGCCGUACAAAGCCUCAAA